ACCACCUGCUGCAUUGGUCUGGAAAUUUGACAGCGAGAUUCCCCUGAAGCACAGAGCUCUCCAUUCUCUCCCACCGCCCGUAAACAACUGCCCGAGACGCAUUUCCCUUUCCUGCGAUACCCUCUUGUACUUCUACACGCUGUCCCCGUAGCAGCCGACACCCCAAUCCUCACAAAUACACGCUACAUCCCCAUCAACCUGUCGCGUCGACAAGAUGGCCCCUUCUAACGCGGAGAGCGCCUCGCCAAUUGGCAUUGCCAACCUGCCCAACCAGCGCCACAAGAUCGUUGCGAAGAGGGGCGCCGCUUUCACCAUCAUGGUUGCUGGCGAGUCCGGGUUGGGAAAGACAACAUUCAUUAACACGCUCUUUUCCACCACCAUCAAGAACUAUGCCGACCACAAGCGCCGCCACCAGAAGCAAGUUGACAAGACCGUCGAGAUUGAGAUCACCAAGGCUGAGUUGGAGGAGAAGUUCUUCAAGGUCCGCCUCACCGUUAUUGACACCCCUGGCUUCGGCGACUAUGUCAACAACAGAGACUCGUGGAUGCCCAUUAUCGAGUUCCUCGACGACCAGCACGAGUCCUACAUGCUUCAGGAGCAGCAACCCCGCCGUCAGGACAAGAUCGAUCUCCGUGUACACGCCUGCUUGUAUUUCAUCCGCCCCACCGGCCACACUCUUAAGCCUCUCGAUAUCGAGGUCAUGAAGCGCCUGUGCUCCCGCGUCAACCUUAUCCCAGUUAUUGCCAAGGCUGACACCCUCAGUCCGGCCGACUUGGCCAAGUUCAAGUCAAGAAUCCGCGCUGUCAUCGAGGCCCAAAACAUCAAGAUCUACCAGCCCCCUAUUGAGGAGGACGACGAACCAGCUGCCCAGCACGCCCGCACUCUUAUGGCGGCUAUGCCUUUCGCUGUUAUCGGCUCUGAGAAGGACGUCAAGACUAAUGACGGGCGUAUUGUCAAGGGCCGGCAAUAUUCGUGGGGCGUUGCCGAGGUUGAGAAUGAGGACCACUGCGACUUCAAGAAGCUUCGGUCCAUCCUGAUCCGCACCCACAUGUUGGACCUCAUCCACACGACCGAGGAGUUGCACUACGAGGCGUACCGCGCCCAGCAGAUGGAGACGCGCAAGUUUGGCGAGGCCCGCCCCCGGAAGCUGGACAACCCCAAGUUCAAGGAGGAGGAGGAGGCGCUCCGCAAGCGCUUCACCGAGCAGGUCAAGAUCGAGGAGCAGCGCUUCAGGCAAUGGGAGCAGAAACUCAUUGCCGAGCGCGACCGCCUCAACAAGGACCUCGAGCAGACUCAUGCUCAGAUCAAACAGUUGGAGGGCGAUCUGGAGCAGCUGCAAGGCAGCGCUGUCCGCAGCCACGGGCGCCGCUAAACGGCAGUCUCCACCGGAGCUUUGGGAUGAGCUUGUGGCGACUCUCAGGGGCUACCCUGCUUCAAACCACUGCCUCCGGACACCACACACAUUUUGGCCCGUUUGUUUGUCCAAACAGUGACGACUUUCGGCCUUCAUGGAUAUGCUCACGAAUUUGCUAUGGGGUGAUGCGGCGGUGAUUAAGCGGAUUUGGUUGGGUUGCCUAUAAUCUCCGGGGGUUUCACUUUUCUAUCGUUGCUGUUGUUUCUUUUUUUGCUCCGCCAAUUUAUUCGAAAAGGAUGCGCAAGGUGUUCGGAGAAAGAAAGACUACACACAUUGGGGGGAAAGGGGAGGGAAAAAGAUAUACUUGAUAUCUCUUUUUUGUCGUCCUGCCUUCUUCUCUUUUUUUAUCAAACUUUUUUUUUUGUUUCUCUCGCAAAAGAAAAAGCAACUCCCCCUUUUUUUACCUCCUUUUUUACACCUUUUUUUGAGACUUAGUCACGAUGUAAUUUAGUCGUCUUUUAGUCGUCUGUCUAGUCACCCCUUCCCCCUCCCCCUUUCAUGAUACCAAAUAAUGAGAAAGG